AUGUAAGACUAUAGGGGGAAUUUCAAAAGAAUAGAAUUUGGUGUUUAAUAAACUCCAGCAAAAUCUACUACAAAUAUGAAUGAUUUUCAAUCAUCUUAAAAAUUGAAAUACGAUUAAAUGAGCAAUAAACCUUAAUCUUAAUCUGUCAAUAUUAGUUUUCUUAAUGCUCCUGUCACAACAGUCUCUAAAGAGCUAUUCACUUUAUAAAUUCCUGUAAAAGUGAAAUAAUUGACAGAUGAUUGGAAUACAUAAUUAACUUUGAAAAUGAUUAUGCAAUAGAGUUAAUAAGCACAUGGUUAAAUAUUAAGGAUUGAAUUAACAGAUGAUAACAAUUUCUAGUUUUUGUAGAUACUUGAUUUGACAGAAGGAGAGUUUUUAUCGUUGAAAAAUGAAUAAAGUUUGCAUGUUGAUUUUGCCACAUUUCCAAUGAAACUUGCAGAUCUUUUAUAAUUAUGUAUAAAUAGUUAAAGAGAUGAAAAAGUGAAGUAAAAAAUGCGAGAUUAUAUAGUUUUUAUGUUUGUUUGGAAACAAAGAAUGGAGAAUCCACUCUUGCAGUAAUUGAAAAUAAUGAGUUUAAAAAAUUGACUCAUUUAUCUUUAAAAUUGAGAAGUGCAACAGAUGAUGUCAUUAAAGCCUUUUUAGCUAAUAAAUUAGCUAUAGAAAAAUAAGAUAAUGAAGAAUAAUAAAAGAGAAAUAAGAAAUUAUCUGAAUUAUUAGAAGAUAAACAUUGGGAACUUGAAAAUUUAAAAUCAGAGAUUAGAAAAUUUACAGAGGAUAAAGAUGCAACGUUACAAUAAAUGUUAUUAGAUGAAUAGAAGAAAUUUAAUGAUUUUAGAGAGUAAUCUUUAUCUAAAGAAACUAAUUUUAAAAGGGAAAGUGAAAAUGAAAAAUAGUUUAUUAUUGAAAAAUAUGAUAAAAUUUUAUUUGAAUUAUAGAACAAAUACACAGAAUUACAAUAAGUUAACACUUAAUUAUCAGAAUAAAAGUCAUAAUUAAUUUAAUCGGAAAGAGAACUUAAAAAUAAAAUAGCAAUUCUUUAAUAAGAAACUUCAUAAUUUUAAAAAGAAAAUUAAGAGUUUCGAUAAUAAAAUAAAGAAUUAGAUACUCUAAAGUUUACUUAAGAAAGGUAAUUGAUUGAAUUGAGAAUUUAAAAGGAAGGUUUUGAAAAAUUAAUUCGUGACAAAGAGGAUUAUUUGAAUAGUAAAUAAUAAUUAGUUGAUAAUGAGAAAAAAUAAAACGUAAAUUAUUAUUUAAAUUUAUAGUCUAUUCUUGAAGAAUAGGUAGCAAAUUAAAAAAAAUAAAUUGAAAAACUUGAAACUAGAAUUAAUGUUAUGAGUGAAGAAGUAAAUAAAGGAAAUUAGAUUAUAGAAAAACUAGAAAAUGAAUUAAGCAAAUAAAAAGAAAAAAUAAAGUUAAAAAACACUGUAGUUCUUUAACAAGAAUAAACAGUAUAAUAAUUACAAGAUGCAAAUGAUUUAAAUCAUAAAUAACUUAAUGAAUGUAAAUAGCUUUCUAUUAGAAUAGUUAGAAGAGAAAAAGACUCCUUAGAAAUAAGAUUAAAAGAUCAAGAAAACAUGAAUCUUGAUUUAAAAAACAAAUUAAAUGAGAGUUAAAAACUAUUAGAAUCAAAUAACUAAAUGAUUCAAUAUUUAAAUAAAUGUUUGAAUGAAACAAAAGUUUAAGCUCCUGCAUAAAUGCCUGGAAUGACUUCAUUAAAAAGUUAAACAUUUGCAAAAUAUACAUCUCCGAUACCAUUAUAAGAAGAUGUAAUAAUCAAUAUUAGUUUAGUAGAGAAGCUUUCGUAAUUAAAGUGCUACUUAUUAAUAAAAUCAAAAUAAUAUGUCCUAAAUUUCAAAUGCAACAAUUUCAAAUAAAUUUAAUUUUUGAGGAUUAUAUAGCAC